AAACGGGCUUCAAGCGAAUCUCGCAGAGCAGAUUAAAAGAAGAAGAAAGAGGAAUCGGAAAGCCGUUAGAGGAAAUUAAAAAAGAAUCCUCUCCCAGAAAUGGAGCUCCGGCACCGGCGGUAACAUUCUUCCAUAGGAGUGAACACUUAAUCGUCUUCUUCAUCCAUGAGGCGAGGCAGAGCCACAGAUCCAUUGGCGGUGGCGCAAACAGUUCAUGAACCAGUUAAGGAAGUCCGAUUCAGAGGUGUUCGGAAGCGUCCAUGGGGCCGAUACGCCGCCGAGAUUAGAGAUCCUUGGAAGAAGACACGCGUUUGGCUCGGCACCUUCGAUACGGCUGAGGAUGCUGCUAGAGCUUACGACGCCGCUGCUUUCUCUCUCCGGGGGCCGAAGGCGAAAACGAACUUUCCGUUGCAUCCGUCGGCGAUCUCUGUUCAUCAGCAAAUUCAUUUCUCGCAGGAGCCUCAUGAUUCCCGCGGAUUCUGCAAGAUUAGCAACUCUCCUGUCAAAAGACCUACAUCGAGUAGCCUAAGUUCCACCGUGGAGUCUUUUAGCGGACCGCGGGUUUCGAUUCCGGCUACAUCGGUUCCGAAGCUCCGCCGGAAGUCCCUGCCUCCGGUCUCGCCCGACGAUUGCCACAGCGACUGCGAUUCUUCGUCUUCCGUUGUUGAGGACAGUGAGGAAUAUGCUCAGACGCCGUCAAUUCACAAGGUGUUGCCGUUCGAUCUGAAUCUACCUCCUCCACUGCCGUCACUGCAGGACAUCGAUAUAUCCGGUGAUGAUCUUCAAGUUACUACUCUAUGUUUCUGAUAAUGGUCUGCUUUUCAAUCACAAAUAGCAAACGGUUCAUUUUUCUCCCACGCCUCUUCCAUUAUCUAUCUAAUUUUCUUAAUCGAUUGAGCAGAACCUUAGUCGUAACUUUAUAUCAACAUGCUUGUUGAAUGAGAAAAUUUGCUUCUCAACUCCUUAAUUUCUCAGUUCAUGGCGUAUUCUAGCUUAGCAUCUGGAUUUUAGCAACACAAAUGCUCUGAAUCUUUGUUUCCGCCUCUGUGUUGAAUGAAACGAAAACUCAUGGAUUCUGCCAGGGUUUUACAUUUUGAACGGAUUAUCUCGUUAAUCAUAUGAAAUAACUGUUCAUUU